AGAUUCUAAAAUGGCGGAUGGUUGUGGCUGCACUGGCAUUCGGAAGUGCUUACUGUGUGAAGAAAACAAGAAAUCCAACAAUAUGUUCGCAGACAAGCGCAGCAAGACAACAGAAAAUUAUGAAUUUUGUAUUCUUUGUGGAGAAACGUUUCUCGUUGGUCAAGAAUGUUUGCAUCGCAAAGAUAUUGAUGACGUAAACGUUAAAUUGAAAGGUAUUACUGUGAUUCAGGACUUUAUAAAUGAAAUUGAAGAGGAGACGAUUGUGGCAGAUAUUGAAAAAACUGUUUGGAAGCCAUCACAGUCUGGAAGGCGAAAGCAGGUGAGUAGAACUCAAUGGUUUCACCGACAAGGACUGCGUUAUCAGUACCUUGUGGGGGAGGGUGGGGGGGGUGUCACUGAAGUGCAGUUGCAGCGGGGGGGUAGGGAAGGGAUGUGAGUGAGGCCAAAUUUUUAGCGCAGAAGAAUACCAACAACCCAAAGCAUAAAUUAUAGAGGGAGUUUGGUUUUAACUGUUAUUUUUAUUUUUUUAACAAGAAAGAUUCUCUGGAAAAACAAAGUUUUAACGCAUGAUUAUAAUUAAAGUUCUUGUAUUUCACCUCCAACAUGGUGCUUGUGUCUCUGUUGUUUGCUGAUUGUUUGUGAAGCCUAACUGUCUUAAAUUUGUGACUAUUGAUGGAGAUCGUGAUUUUUGACAGAUACAGCUGAUGUGUCUGUGGAGGUGUACAUCCAAAUGGACAAAUUUGUGAGACAGAGGAUAAUAUUAUUAUUGUUGGUAGUAUGAUGGCUUUGUUUGUUCCUGAAGAUAAAAUUUGCCACCCAAACAUUUAUUUCCUUUUCCUUUUAACAUGUGUUCUCAUUUGUCACAGGACUUUGGACCUCAGGUGAAUUUUAAGAAAAGGAAAUUAAAGCUGAAUAACUUUACAGGACUACCACAGUUCAGUAAAGUUUUGGUGGAACGGAUGUGGAGGAUAGUUCCACUUUUGUCUGAUUUUCAACCAGUGGAACUUUGUAAUUUAGAGUAUACACCAGACAGAGGCUCAUCUAUUGAUCCACAUUUUGAUGACUUUUGGGUGUGGGGUGAGCGUCUAGUCACAAUAAACCUUCUCUCAGACAGCUCACUAACAUUUUCAGUGAGUGGAGAUACCAGUCAUAUUGAGGUUUCUGUUCCAAUGCCAAGGAGGUCUUUGAUCAUUGUUCAAGGACCAGCUCGCUAUGAAUGGAAGCAUGCAAUAAAAAGACAGGAUAUUCUUUCCAGAAGAAUUGCUGUAACAUUAAGAGAACUUGCACAAGAUUUUUGUGAGGGAGGCAAAAGCUACACUGUUGGAUAUGAAUUAAUAAAGACUGCUCUAUCUUUUCAAGGGGAAUCAGUUCAUGUCAGUAUUAAUAAGGAACGUGAAGGCUGAAGUCACAUUGUCGUGUGUAUUAUGAUAGUAGU